AUGAACCGCAGCCGCACCACCAGCACCGCCGACAGGGCAGCGACAGCCACGCUCUGGGGCUGUGAGCUAAACCAGGAGAGGCGCACCUGGACCUUCAAAUCGCAGAAGGAGGGGAAGCAGGACUGUAAGGUGUUCCUCAAUACGGUUUGCUUGGGGGAGAAAGCCAAAGAGGAGGUGAACCUCGUGGAGGUCCUGUCCCCAGCAAGCCAGGAGGACAAGCGGGCAAAGCCCGUCACCAUCGCCUCUCUGCAAGCCUCGGUCCUGCCCACGGUCACGAUGGGCCUGGAGCUUUCUCCUCCAGUCACCUUUCAGCUCCGGGCUGGCUCUGGGCCUGUGUUCCUCAGUGGCCAGGAAUGUUACGACGACGCAGACUUCUCCUUAGAGGAGGAGGAGGAAGAGGAGGAGGAAGAGGAGCAACAGCCAGAGGAGGAAGAUGAUGAAGAUGACGACGAUGAUGAGGAUGACGAUGUGGAUUUGUCCCUAGAGGAGACCCCUGUCAAACCAGGCAAGAGGCUGGUGCCCCAGAAGCUGACCAGCGUUACCAAGAAAAAGAAGGUGGAAAAAGAAGAGGAGGCGAUGAGGCCCAGCCUGAAAGACAAGAGCCCUGCGAGGAAGGCCAAAGCCACACCCAGAGCCAAAAAGCCAAUGUACAAGAAAUGA